AUGUCAAGGACUAUUGUUUGUGUUUUGUUUUUCUUAUUUUGUAAUUACGUUAAAAGUGAAAAUAUUACUACGUUUGUGUAUACGUCAAAAAUGGCCCAACAAUGCAAAGAACACAUCUGCCAAGACGGUUAUAACUACAAAUUCUUCUAUAGCGUAGACACAGACAACUUGAAGGCACUAAGCAAGGACUCUGACAUUGCUUUCGAAAUGCACCUGGGCAUACAAGCUACAAGCAAUGGACAUAUACUGUUGUCUCCUGUCCCGAAACCAGGGUACAACGACCCUGUGUAUGAAAUCGUGGUCGGCGGCGGCGGUAACCAAUUCACUGAACUACGAAGGAACUUGAAGAGAAAUGCCCGCAACUCGGUCAAAACACCAAGAAUAUUAUCCAGUUUUGAAGUCAGAGGAUUCUAUAUUAAGAUAUCUCAUGAUGGUCUAAUAGAAUUUGGCAAGGAAGGCGAAACUCUACCUCUGCUGCAGUACAAUGAUAUUAACCCUCUCGAAAUUAAAUACUUUAGUUUUGCUGCGUGGACGGGCGUUGAAGCUAAAUUUCUAUACGACUGUCCAAUACCGAAUGCUGGUGGUACUUCACCCAACUCUAAAGAGAUUGAGCCUCCAAUGUCAAUAUCUGAUCAGCUAAAGAGGACUAUUCUGUUAUAUCGGUUACCAUGGAUACCUCCCAAACCGACCAUGGAUGUUAAAGUCGGAAUUAAAGUGACCAAUGUGAAAUAUGAUCCGUUUGUUUCAAAGCUCAGCACUUCUAUGUCUGUUGUUACCAGUUGGACUGAUGAAAGCAUGGCGUGGUACCCAGACAAAUAUGGCAACACGACAAGUCUGAAGUUUCGACAAGGUCAGCUAUGGAGACCCAAGUUUUAUAUUUUCAAUUCUGACAACCAGAUGCCUUUGGAUUCAAUGGACUCAGAUCUAGUUUCAAUGGUGUACACUGGCGAAGCGACCUUCCAUUUCCAGACGACAGUCAAUACUUGGUGUGUCGAUACACCACCAGGAUACAGCAAGUGGCCUAGAGACGAAUACAUGUGCUCCAUAGUGAUUCAGCCUUGGGAAGCUCACGAGAAAAUCUCAGUAGAAAUCAUUGAACAAAAUAAUAGCAAGAUGCAUAUUUUUUCAGAUGUGGAUAAACAAAUUGAAAAUGUGUGGGAAUCGUCCAUAAAACAAUUGGUGAUAAAGCCGACGAUAUGGAACCAAGUGUACGUCAGCGAUGACAAUGAAACGCAUCAGAGUGAUCGAUUUAUACUUAGUCUGCAACUAAAAAGAAGAGCCACUGCUUACAACAUUGUAUUCUAUACUCCUUUAUUAGUUCUGUUGAUGUUCGUUCUAAUGUCGUUUUGGAGUGAACCUCUGACUAUGGAAAGGAUUUGUUUUCUCGCUGGAUGUACCAUCGUCAUUACUAUGGGGCUCUGUUAUGUGGACUUCUUGAUACCUUCGCAUUUAAUGCCUUCUAUAUUGAUACUCUACACAACAGUGUUAAUGGGCGUACUGAUAGCGUUGCUGAUUCAAGCUUUACUGAUAACAGACACAUUUGAAAAGUUCCGUAACUUUGCGUUUGUACAGAAAAUGUUGAAUGCAUACGUUUUUAGGACCAUUUUCUGUCUCCCUGCGUACACGAAAUCAUUAGAUAGAAACGGAGGGUACUCAUUGCAAGAAGAUGAAGAACCACAAUCUCCGAUAACAAGAGGAGAUGUGGAAGAGAUGGAAAAAGAGACUCCAAGGACUUGUGGAGAUAAGAAGGAGCUAGCAGAAGUAGUAGAUAAAAUUAUGUUCGUGAUUUAUUUCGUUAUUUUUAUUUCUAUGUUAGCUGCUCAUUACUGA